AUGAUACUCAAAGGUCUUGAGUAUUGCCAUAACAAAUGUUUUCUGCAUAGAGAUAUGAAGCCUAACAACUUGUUAAUAGGACCCAAUGGGAAACUAAAACUCGCAGACUUUGGGUUAGCACGUAUAUUUGGUAGUCCAGGUCGUAAGUUCACUCACCAGGUCUUUACUAGAUGGUAUAGAGCACCUGAGCUACUCUUUGGUGCAAAACAUUAUGGUUCUGCUGUUGAUGUUUGGGCUGCUGGCUGCAUCUUCGCCGAGCUUCUACUGCGUAAACCUUUUCUUCAGGGGAACAGUGAUAUUGAUCAGUUAAGUAAAAUCUUUGCUACUUUUGGGACUCCUAAAGAAGAUCAGUGGCCAGAUAUGUUAUCACUUCCUGAUUAUGUAGAGUAUCAGUUACUCUCAGAUGCUCUAGAUUUGUUGUCAAAGAUGUUCACUUAUGAUCCCAAAUCAAGAAUAUCGAUUCAUCAGGCUUUAAACCACAGAUACUUCACAUCUAAACCUUCUCCUACUGAUCCUUUAAAGCUACCAAGACCAGUUAUCAAGCAGGGGUUUAGAAGAGUGAUGCCUGACCGAGGAAGGUCUGGUAAAGACCAGAGUGUUGAUGUAAUGAAACAAGCUAGUAAUGAUGGACAAGCACCUAAGUCUUUAGAUUUUACUAUCUUAGCCGAGCGGACACCAAACCGACUAACCAUCACCAGCGCGGAUAGAUCUAAUCUGAAGAGGAAACUAGAUCUUGACUUCCUUUAG